UCAACAAUCUGGCAACGCUGCAGUUGAUUUAUCAGAGCCUUUUGUGCUUUUAGGAAGAGCGAGGAACACACAGUCUACAGAAAAACUUUCAACCAUUUCAACAGACUGGAGUAAUGGAGUAGUAGGGGAGAUCUGCUGGGUUUUCUCGAAGAAAUUCACGUGAUUACAGGAUCCAUAUAGCGCUCGAAUUCUUUUCAAAACAAGCGUUAUUGUUAUAAAAACGUGGUUACCUGUUUAUUUCGCAAUAUUUACACACUAACAAAAGAAGAUGAAUAACUCCAUGGAGAAUGGUGAAGAUCCGUUCGCAGACAUUUGGAUUUCCAACUGGGAACGUCAGUGCGAGAUCGAACUUGAAAAUGAACCCGACCUUGAUCAAGCUGUACUAUCGGAACGGGAUUUAUCAACACAAAAGCUUUGGUAUCUCUUUCAGAACUCUGCCACAUCUGUAGCACAGUUGUUUAAAGAUCGUAACCAGCCUCAAGUGCUCUGGUUGCCUUUUCAAACUGCAGCUGGCACAAUCACUUCACUAUACAAAGAAUCGACAGAGGCCUUGAGACGAAGUUCCGAACUUGGCAUUCAGGCCGGAUAUCAGCGAAGAGCUAGAGAAAUGUUAGCUUGGGCCAAAAAGCGCCGCGGUCGGAACAUCAGACGUGAGGAAUUGAUCGCAUUCUUAACUGGCAAAAGUGUCCCAGGUUCUGGAGCUUCUCAACCCCGUCAUCAAAUGCGAAUGGGGCCUCGUCCACGUGUCUCACUUUCUGAUGGUAUGUCUGCAUCGCAUCAUGGAGCUUCUGCCCUUCAACAUCCACUGGAAGCGUCUGCCGGAGACUUUGAGCCAGCCCUUCAAGCUUUCCGUGAAGCCCUCAGCUUGCCUCUACCCUCAUCGGCUUCUAGCAACAAUAGUGGCUCGUCGGCCAAAAGCAACGGACGUCGAGGAAGCCCCGUUCAUAACCACAGCGAGCUGAGCGCCUUUAUAAGCCACGAGUCUGCUCGCCAUAAAAGACCUGCUCCCGCAAGCCCCACCCACGACGUCAUCAUGGACUCGCCCACUCAUAAACGCUCGAGACUGAUGUAAACUAUCCUGCUUUUGGAAACCAAGCGAACCCAAUAGCUAAAACAAAAUAAUUUUUUUCUCAUCUAACGUUAACCCUUCCGUUUUUUUUUUCUCUAAAAUCCUUACCUCAUUUGUUUUGUUAAAUUUCUCGCUUCGGCGCGCCUUUUUUUCCCCCUUCUAUUUGAAAAUUCACCUUCAACCCCAAUGUUCUUUUGUGUUCAUUUCGAGCUCGUUAUGCAAAAAGGACGAAGUAUGAACUUCAUUGCGCCGAAGCUGCUGCUGCUGCUACUACACAGACACAAAACAAAGAUUCGCAUUUUUUUUUUCUCUUCAUUUUUUUUUUUCGGGGUCUCCCUCACAAGCGAAAGGCCAUUUGUGUUCUUGCUGAAUAAUAAUAAUCCAUUAAGAUGGUGUUGCCAUCAUUACUCCCCCCCCCCCCCCGUUUAUUUUAGGAACCUGUUCUACUUGUCAAGUUGAAGAAUGUUCACCCUAUUUCCUCCUCUCUCCGGGUAACAUUAUAACAAAAUUAUAGAAAGACAGCAGUUAUAUUCCAAACGAAGGUGGAAGUAACAUCGCCGUUUGCAACACGUCGAAUUUCAAGUUGAAUUAUAUAUUUCAGACCUGAGCGUGUGUAAAUGUGUGUGUUCGAUUGAAAUCGGAUUCUUGAAAAAAAUCUGGUCUUGUUUUCACCAUGCUUUGAUUAUUUUCUUUUUUUUUUUCUUUAAUUUUCUUGAUUGAGAAAUGACCUCAACAAAUGCUGUCCUCGUUGUUUCCUCUGCUCCAACCCUUUUUUUUUCACUUUCAUUUUAAUUUUAAAAAUAGUUUGCGCGUUUCUCGUUUCGGUGAUGAUGAAUUCGUAUGUUUCCUAUGAUAACGAUAAUUUAGUUUCUGAUUGA